AUGGGCGCUCUCCUGUCUCUGCCGCUGCUCGCGGUGCCGACCAUGGGCACGGCCAUGUCUUUCGCCGCCAGCUGCUGUGGAGCGGCAACAUGCUCCAUGGUCUGCAGCGCGUGUGGCAAGUGCGGCAACAGCGUCGCCACCCGCAUCGCCUACGCCCUCCUCCUCCUCGUCAACUCCAUCCUCGCCUGGAUAAUGCUCACCCCGUGGGCCAUCGAGAAGCUCCAACACCUCACCUUUGAUUACGUCAAGAUAAACUGCCCAACAGGCCAAUGCUACGGCUGGCUGGCCGUACACAGGAUCAACUUUGCCCUCGGUCUCUUGCAUCUGCUCCUCGGCGCCUUGCUUUUCGGCGUUGGCUCCUCCAAGAGCCCGCGCGCCGCCAUUCAGAAUGGCUAUUGGGGCCCAAAGAUCAUCGCAUGGCUGGCCCUCAUCGUCGCGGCCUUUCUUAUCCCCGACAGGUUUUUCAUGUUCUACGGCAAUUACGUGUCUUUCCUUUGCGCCAUGCUCUUCCUCAUACUGGGCCUCAUCCUCCUCGUCGACCUUGCACACACCUGGGCCGAAUACUGUCUGACGCAGAUUGAAGACAGAGACUCCAGGGUCUGGCGCUUCAUUCUCAUCGGCUCCACCCUGAGCAUGUACCUGGCCUCGAUCGCCAUGACGGUUGUCCAGUACGUCUUCUUUGCCAGGGGCAGCUGCUCCAUGAACCAGGCCGUCAUCACCAUCAACAUGCUGCUUUGGCUGGCCAUCUCCGUCAUCUCGGUCAACCCGACGGUCCAGGAAUACAAUCCCCGGGCUGGUCUCGCCCAAGCGGCAAUGGUUGCUGUCUACUGCACUUACCUUACCAUGUCGGCGGUAUCGAUGGAGCCUGAUGACAAGCAAUGCAACCCCUUGAUACGUGCCCAGGGAACGAGGACAACCUCUGUCAUCCUCGGCGCAAUCGUGACGAUGCUGACAGUCGCCUACACCACAACGCGCGCCGCCUCGCAAAGCCUGGGUCUCGGGUCUUCCAACUCUAUCCGACUUCCCGACGACGACGACGAGCAUGGCCUCGUCACGCAACAGCCCAGCGCUCGCCGCGAGAUGCGAGCCGAGGCUCUGCGUCGGGCCGUCGAGGAAGGCAGUCUACCCGCCGAUGCCCUGUUGUCGGACGCUGAGAGCGAUGCUGGCGGCGACAGCUCACACGACGACGAGCAGUUUCGCACUCAGUACAACUACACCAUGUUCCACGUCAUAUUUUUCCUUGCCACUGCCUGGGUGUCUACUCUGCUCACGCUCAACUUCGAGGAAUCCAUCAAGGAUAAGGACUUUGCCACAGUUGGCCGAACCUACGCCGCGACCUGGGUCAAGGUUGUGAGCGCUUGGAUGUGCCAUGGCCUGUACAUCUGGACUCUGACAGCGCCUGUCUUGCUACCAGAUCGUUUCGACCUGUCAUAG